AUGGUGGAUAUAGAAGAGUUUUCUAUUCACGAGAUGGAUGUGAUUAUGAAAGGGUUAAGAUACUCAGUUCCUCCAGUUAUCUACUAUCAUUUUCGAGUGCCAAAGGGAGACAUGCAUUUUGGAUUACGUGCCCUAGGAAACGAUGAUGAUGCCCUCAAUCUUGUCCAGUAUGUGAAUGAUCAUAAACUAAUAAGGGUUUACACUGAACAUGGUAUGAAUAACUUGCUUACUUACUUUAUGGCUCCUAAACGUGUAAGAAAAGUUAUUAUUGAGCAAUUAGAGGUGAUUGAGGAAUAUGAAACCCCCUAA